AUGUCGCUGAUCGCGGGGGAGGACUUCCAGCACAUCCUGCGUCUGCUCAACACCAACGUGGAUGGCAAGCAGAAGAUCAUGUUCGCCAUGACCUCCAUCAAGGGUGUCGGCCGCCGCUUCUCCAACAUCGUCUGCAAGAAGGCCGACAUCGACAUGAACAAGCGGGCUGGUGAGCUAUCCGCGGAUGAGCUUGAGCGCCUCAUGACUGUGGUUGCAAACCCCCGCCAGUUUAAGGUCCCUGACUGGUUCCUCAACAGGAAGAAGGAUUACAAGGAUGGUAGGUUCUCUCAGGUUGUUUCCAAUGCCCUUGACAUGAAGCUCAGGGAUGACCUUGAGAGGCUGAAGAAGAUCAGGAACCACCGUGGUCUGCGUCACUACUGGGGCCUGCGUGUCCGUGGCCAGCACACCAAGACCACCGGGAGGCGUGGAAAGACUGUCGGAUGUUCAUUAUCUGUAGGAUAG